AUGGACGCCGGCGGGGCGCAGCCGCCGGACUCGGAGAUGGCGGAGGCCGGGGCGGCCGCGGCCGCCGCGGCGGCCGCGGCGGGGGCGGCGCCGGGCGGCGCGAUGGACAACAUCCAGGCCACGCUCACCCACGGCGGGAGGUUCAUCCAGUACAACAUCUUCGGCAACGUCUUCGAGGUCACCGCCAAGUACAAGCCCCCUAUCCUCCCCAUCGGCAAGGGCGCCUACGGCAUCGUCUGCUCCGCGCUCAACUCCGAGACGGGGGAGCAGGUGGCCAUCAAGAAGAUCGCCAACGCCUUCGACAACAAGAUCGACGCCAAGCGCACGCUGCGGGAGAUCAAGCUGCUCCGCCACAUGGACCACGAGAAUAUUGUUGCAAUAAGGGAUAUUAUACCUCCUGCACAAAGGACUGCAUUUAAUGAUGUCUAUAUUGCAUAUGAAUUGAUGGACACCGAUCUGCAUCAAAUUAUUCGCUCAAAUCAAGCUUUAUCGGAGGAGCACUGCCAGUAUUUCCUUUAUCAGAUCCUUCGUGGCUUGAAGUAUAUACAUUCAGCAAAUGUUCUCCACCGAGACUUGAAGCCUAGCAAUCUUCUUUUGAAUGCAAACUGUGACCUAAAAAUUUGCGAUUUUGGGCUUGCUCGUACCACCUCAGAAACUGAUUUUAUGACCGAGUAUGUUGUGACAAGAUGGUACAGGGCACCAGAGCUUUUGUUGAACUCCUCCGAAUACACUGCAGCAAUUGAUGUGUGGUCUGUGGGCUGUAUAUUUAUGGAACUGAUGGACCGGAAACCUUUGUUUCCAGGAAGAGACCAUGUCCAUCAGCUACGUCUACUAAUGGAGCUCAUUGGAACACCAAAUGAGGCUGAUUUGGAUUUUGUAAAUGAAAAUGCAAGAAGAUAUAUCCGCCAACUUCCCCGUCAUGCAAGGCAAUCAUUAUCUGAGAAGUUUCCACAUGUUCACCCUUCAGCAAUUGACUUGGUUGAAAAGAUGCUGACUUUCGAUCCUAGACAGAGAAUAACAGUUGAAGGCGCACUUGCGCAUCCUUACUUGGCAUCGCUGCAUGACAUAAGUGAUGAGCCAGUCUGCACGAUGCCCUUCAGCUUUGACUUCGAGCAGCAUGCAUUGUCAGAAGAACAAAUGAAGGAUCUAAUCCACCAAGAGGGCAUCGCGUUCAACCCUGAUUACCAGUAG